UUAGAAAAAAAGAAAUGUCAACAGCAACUGAAGAAAUUCAAUCUUCUUCUGCUCAAAAACGAAAAGCUGAAGAUUCUCCUGAUUUAUCUCCAAAUUCAAACAAAAAACAAAUUGAAGAAUCUGAUAUUGUGCCGAAAACUCCAGAAGAAUUAGAUUCUUUGUUAAUUCCAAUAGAUUAUGCACGUCAACUUCUUUCCACACCAAAAGAAAGGUUGCCGUUAAAAAAGCUUCGAUUAAUUCUUGUUGGGUGUUGGAUGCGUUAUCAAGCAGUUAGGGAUAGAUCUAAGAAUCCUCUAACAAGUUUCUUCAUUGAUAAAGUUAUUCAUGUAAAUCGGGAUGGAUUGCGAUUCAAAAAUACUCGCGAAAACAGCUAUAGAAGCAUUAUAAAGCUAAAGGAAUGUGUAAAUCCAUUAGACGAUGCUGCUUUCAAACUUUGGUUAGAUGAUUUGAGUAGCUGGAAUAUUCCUGUCCCUUCCGUCCACGAAUUAAAAACUAAAAAAGAAGAAAUUGAAAAAGCAAUUGAGGAGUAUAAGUCGGAUAACCUAAACAAUUCAAAUGAAGCAUUGGAGUCUGCUAAUUCUGAAAAAGUGGUUGAAACAAGAAUUGAAAUAAAAAAUGAAAAUGUUUCUCAAAUAAAUUCUUCUCUUCAACUUGAUGAUGGGAAACAAACAGAAACAAAUGUUUUGAAUGAAAAUACUGCUAAUUCUACUCUACAAUCAACUUCUGAAGAACAAGAACUUCCUAAUGGUUUAACAAAAGAAGAUAUUGCUAAAAUGGUAGUAACAAUGGACGAUCUAAUUCGUUUACUCGAUUAUGGCAAAGAUGUAUUUGAACGUGUGGCCACCGGUUUCUUUGCAAUUUCGCAAGGCAGAGGAAGAUUAAUAAUUUAUUUGGAUCAAAUUAUUGGAGUUAAUUGGAUGGGAAAGCCGUAUUUGGAAGAAGAAUUUCCUACAAAAGAAUUUAUUGAACAAAAAUGCGAAGAACUCAAAAAUGUUUUUGCCGAACCACCAAAAGGACCGCCUAUUGAUUUAAUGAAAAUGGUUGAUGGAGAUAACUCGGCAAGGCAAUUAAGGAAGAUUAUGGCUUGGCAGAGAGAACAACAGGAUGUUAAUCGCUCCAGACAUUCAUCAUACAAUCCUCCUCACAAUCAUUAUUCUUCAUAUUCUGGACCGUACAAUCAACCUCCUUAUUCAAUGCAAGGACCACAUCGUUAUCCGCAACCUUUAAAUCAGGCAUAUCCACCAAGGCUGUCAUAUGGAAUUCCUCCAUUGGCUCAUAAUUAUAAUCAACCUAAUUAUCAUCAAUAUGGCCAUCCACCAAUGAACCGUCCUUAUUAUCCAAAUUCAAAUCAAUACCCACCAGCUUAUCCUAGACAACCCACAUAUGGACAGCGACAAUAUUAUUGGUGA